GAUAUUUUCUUGCUCAUUCGCUCCCACAGCAAGUGCGAAAAAGAACAUAGAAAAUUAUUGUUCUCCUUCGUUUUGAGUAUCAUGAACACGGAAUCGUAAUUAUAUUAGUGCUAAAAUUUAGUCUAAAGUUUUCUGAAUUAAAGAGCAGCGCUUGUUUAAUCACCGGGCGAAUAUCAUUUAUUAUGAAUAAUGGAAUGUAUCCAUUUGUUAGAUAACGUCAACUUGGAUAAGAAAAUCUUUGUUGAGGACACGAUCACAAAGAACUUGAGCUGUUCAGCAUGCGGGGUGACAGAACAAAACUGGCUGUGCCUUCAAUGCGGCGUGGUGAAUUGUGGCCGUUAUGUCAAUGGUCAUGCAAAAGAACAUGCGGAAAAGUUAGAGCAUCAACUGUGUAUGAGCUGUGAUGUCUACUCUGUUUACUGUUACAAAUGUGAUGAUUAUAUUUCUAAUGAUGGUGAAAACGAAACAAUAGAAUACAUACGGCAAAAAUUUAUUGAUGUCAGUAAAAAGGAUGAAGAUGCUUCUGACAGCAACCCCGAUAUAAACAAAGCUGAUGAUGUUGGGAAUGGCCAUAAAAAUGAAGCAGAAUCCAAUGAUAUGCCUCUGUUGUCUUCAAAUGAAGAGAGUAAUGCAGAAAGUACUCUGACUAGCACCACUGAGCCUUCCGUUAAUACUGGCUCUGACGUUUUAGAAAAUAAGUCUCCCAAAAUUAACAAGAAUGCUGAGGAAACUGUCCGAAGUUUACGGCCAAGGUCAAGAAAAAGGUCUCACUCCACCGACAGCUCUGCGGAAAAUUCAAAUCAUUCAACAAAAAGUAAAGAGAAAAAAUGCAACGGGAAAAGUCCAAAGGACAAGAAAAUUGUAGGGUUAAAAAAUUUAGGAAACACAUGUUUUAUGAAUGCAGUCCUGCAGAGUUUAAAUAAUAUACAAGAAUUUAGCUGCUACUUUAGUCAACUACCAUCACUAGAAGUUAAAACGAAUGGUCGCAGUAAAGUUUACCAUUCCAGAAGUUACACAAGGCAAGAGAUGUCCGAUGUGGUUAUGGCAGAGGAGUUGAGAAAGGUCCUGAUAAACCUGAACACGGGCGGGUGCGGGUCGAAGGGGGCGAUAUCCCCGGAGUGCCUGUUCCUGGUUAUCUGGAAGGUGGUCCCCCGCUUCCGGGGCUACCAGCAGCAGGAUGCGCACGAGUUCCUGCGGUAUAUGCUGGACCGUUUACACACCGAACUUCUUCAGCUUUUGCCACCGGAUCGGGCUGACGGUAGCUUUGUCCCGCGCGCGCCAUCUGCCUCUAUCGUGACAGCGGUGUUUGGCGGCACGCUGCAGAGCGAGGUGCGCUGUCUCUCCUGCGGCACCGAGAGCAAGAAGCUGGACCCGUUCCUCGACCUGUCGCUGGAGCUGCCGGACGCAGGCCGCCACGACGCGCCUGUGCCGCUGGCGGACUGCCUCGCCAGCUUCGUGCAGGUUGAAGAGUUAGCAGACACGGAGCGCUACUUCUGCAGCAGCUGCAAAUGUAAACAGAAGUCUACAAAACAGUUCUGGAUCAGACGGCUGCCUAAUGUUCUGUGUCUACAUCUCAAGCGGUUCCGGUGGCACAACUAUUUCAGAACAAAAGUGGACACGUGCAUAUCGUUCCCGCUCAAGGCGUUGGACAUGUCUCGGUUCGUGCUGUCCAACGUGCCCGACACGCGGCGCUCCGGCCUCGGCAGCCAGCUGUACGACCUCGCCGCCGUCAUUGUGCACCACGGCUCCGGUGCCGGGUCCGGUCACUACACGGCGUUCGCGAUCAACGAAGAGCAGUGGUUCCACUUCAACGACCAGACUGUUCGCAAUAGCGACGCAGCCACCGUCGCCGCCUGCAAGCCCUACAUACUGUUCUACAUACGACGCGAGAUCGCGUGACCGAGUGAGAUAGCACGAUACAUUUAACGCUAGAGAGAAAGGGAGAGAAAUAGCAACAUGGAUUUAGGCUUUUAUUAAAAUUUAGAUACUGUAUAGGCCGCGAGAUCGCAAACGAAUGAGAUAGAGAGAAAAAGAAUGAUAGCAACAUGGAUUUAGGUUUUAUUAAAAUUUUGAUACCUACAGCAUCGGCCGCGAGAUCGCAAACGAGUGAGAUAGAUAGAAAGAGAAUGAUAGCAACAUGGAUUAAGGUUUUAUUAAAAUUUUGAUAUCUACUGCAUCGGCCGCGAGAUCGCAAACGAGUGAGAUAGAUAGAAAGAGAAUGAUAGCAACAUGGAUUAAGGUUUUAUUAAAAUUUAGAUACCUACUGCAUCGGCCACGAGAUCGCAAACGAGUGAGAUAGAUAGAGAAUGAUAGCAACAUGGAUUAAGGUUUUAUUAAAAUUUAGAUACCUACUGCAUCGGCCGCGAGAUCGCAAAUGAGUGAGAUAGCUACAUUUAAUAUGAAAGAGAAUGAAAGCAACAUGGAUUUAGGCUUUUUUGUAACUUAGGUAACUCCAUCCGUGAGAUCCCGUGACCGAGUAAGAUAGAAUUUUAUUUAACAACAUGAAAGAGAUCUCUCUCUUACGCUAGUAACGCCGAUUUGGACGUUUCUGUAACUUAGAAUGAUAACACUCGCGAGAUCGCGAAAGAGUGAGACAGCACGAUGCAUUUAACGUGAAAAAUAGAGAUAGCAAUAUGGAUUUAAACCUUUUUGUAAUUUUGAUAGCAUGCUAAACUACUCAGAAUCGCGUCAUCAACGAGUGAGACAGCACGAUAUUUACAACGUGAAAGAAAGAGAUGGAUAAAGAGUUAAAAACUUUGCUACCAAGACGACGUUACAUAUUAUUAUUCCGCGACAUCGUGUGAGAGCGAAAUAGCAAGAUGUUUUUAGAUACAGCGUGAAAGAGAUGGCAUACAGUCUGAAUGAGAGAGCGAUGUGGAAUUAUAGGUUUCAAAUAAGCUGAGGUUGUUUACAACUUUGUUAGUUUUUUUUUUAAAUACAUGCGAUAAAUCGCGCGAGAAAUAUUAGAGUGACAUGAAAUAUAACUUCUGGUUCAAUAAUAAGGCCCGUCACAACCUUUUUUGUAACUUGGGGCAAAAUAGCAGUAAUGUUUUUAUGUUUCGACGAAUAAAAAAUAUACUGGAAAAUCAUGUGACUGUAAAAUAUAUUAUAUUUAUAUCUUUUGGUGUAAAAAAUACAACAUCUCCCAUUUUGAGCUUAGAAAUAUUUGAAGCGAAAUAGCAUCUAUGGGACUAGUGUCGACAACUUAUCGAUAAAUUUCAAGUUGGGAUUUGUGUAAAUAAAAAGUAUGUGAUGGCAACACCACGCCUGAUGUUGAAAGAUGUAAAAGCAAUAAUUAAAAAGUAAAGGAGCGUUAGACUAUACAAAAUAUGGAUCGGCCAGUAUAGUCAUUUAUAGUUUUUAAUUAAGGGCUAAUUUAAUCUCUCAUUGAAAAUGGAUUAGCCAUAGUGCUCGACAGGCUAUACACAACUUAUUUGACAGAUUCUUCAUACUGUAU